AUGUUAGCAGUCGCAUCACUUAAACGUUCACUUGAAUUCGAUCCAGUUGAACAAGGUGUUAAAAGAAAACGUGCCGAAAUGAAAUUAUCACCACCAUCAUCACCAAUAUCAUCAUCAACAACAACAUUUACAACUAAUCCAUCUUCUCCAUCUAAACAACAACAACAACAACAAUCUAUAUUUACUUCGUCACCAAAUAAAAAUCAAUCAUUAGUUCUUAAAAAGCCCUGUUCACUUACAGCUUUAGCAUCAUCAUCAUCGACAACUGAUGAUAUUCCAAUGUUUACAUAUACACAAACUGCUCAAAUGUGUGCUCGUCUUUUACGUGAACAAGAUCGAUCAAUAUGUGAACAGUAUGAACAACUUUUAUCAAAUAAACUUACAGAACAAUAUGAUACAUUUGUAAGAUAUACACAUGAUAGCGUUCAUAAAGAUCAAUCAAAACAACAACCACAACAACAUCGACUUUUUCAUUUUGGCCAACAACAAGAAUCGAAUAAUACAUCAUCCGCUGCCUUUUCAUAUGUUUCAUAA